AGGUUUACAGAUAUGUGUCCAUCCUCUGACACACCCUCACAGCUUUCUAUAAAGCGUGAGGAUCUGAGAACCUGCUGCAUCGAGCAUCACAGUCAGCUACAGCAGGUAAGCUCCACUGAUCCUCUUCUCAGUAUUUUUGUUCUUGUAAAUAAUUUAGAACGUAUGUAUACCAAACCUUUUCCUUGACCACCAAACACUUUUCAGAUUUUGACUUUCAGAUUUGAGGGUUGACUGCAGAGGACCACCGUCAUGACUCCAGUUUUGCUUUUCGUCCUCUUCAUCUCUUUGUCGGCCAUUACUCCGGGCGCUACUGAUAACGGAGAAAGACAAGAGUUUCUGGACGCCUCUGAUAUCAUCGAGAGAGCUAAUGCUAACAUAACAACGCGCCUGGUCGACGGCGACAUUGUGCCAAAUGUAAGAAGGAAUGCAGAUCCCUGCACGGCUACAGGCUGCAAAUGGCCCAAAUAUAGAAGAUACGUCUACGUACCCAUCUACAUCUCCACCAGCUACACCGCAACAGAGCGCAACAUCAUCAUCCGAGCCCUGCUGACCUUCCACGCAUCCACCUGCAUUCGCUUUGUCUGGAGGAGGAGUCAUCGAAAUUACCUCUACUUCUACUCUGGAUCUGGGUGUUGGUCCUACCUGGGCCGACAGAGUAGAGGACAGCUUGUCUCCCUGCAGAAAAAUGGUUGUUUGUACACAGACACAGUGCAGCACGAGGUUCUCCACGCUCUGGGCUUCCACCACGAGCAAGUUCGCUCCGACAGAGACAGCUACGUCUCCAUCCUCUACCAGAACAUCAAGCCAGGACAAACACAUAACUUUAUGAAGCGGCAAACUAACAACUUGGGUACUCCCUACGACUUCGACUCUGUCAUGCACUACGGAAAAUACGCCUUCAGCAAAAACAGGGAACCAACCAUCCUCGCUAAGAGCAAUCCGAGUCUUAACUUUGGGACUGCUCGUACGAUGAGCAAGAAUGACAUUGCCCGUGUCAACAAGCUUUACCAAUGUUAAUCAACGGAAGGAAAAGGUCGGCCUCCAGAUACGUCAACCCCCCGGCUUCUUAUGAUUCAACAGAUCUGCUGUUUAACAGUGGCUAGCUUUCUGCUGAGGUCUAUCAAUCUCGAUGGCUCAGCCUUUCUUUCAAUCAAUGGUUAAAUCAAUCACUCACUUUAUUGAUUUUGAAAUAUACACUUUAGGAUAUGAUUAUGGUUUGAUGAAAAACAUGUUGAUGUAAUGAAAUUGCUGAUCCAUACUGAUGAUUUUAAUGACUUUGUAUUUAUCUUUGCAAUGAAGUUAGCAAUUUGCUCAAUAAAUAUUCUGAAAGAAAUUUCAAGUGAUUUUAAAUGUAUUUUUAUUAGAAAUUAGGCUGUAAUUACUCUCACUUUGAUCUAUGGAUGAAAUGCAGAAGAAGGGGUUUUUGUAGGUUUAGUCAUACGGUGCAUCAACAGAAAUAAUGCACAUUCUAAGCAGUGGUGGGAGAAAUACUCUGGUAGAUAUCUUAAGUUAAAGUACCAACACUGUAAUAAGAAAAGAAAGUUCAAUAAAUAAUUGUCAUACUGCCUGUUAUAUGGGAGCAUGUUUGUAUACAUUUCAGACAAUUAUAAGACUUCAUGAAGAUUAUAAACUGAUAAAGACUUUAUGAAGAUUGUAAACUGAUAUUGCAUGAUUAUUUGUCCGUGUUGAAAUAGAUUUAGAUGCUUUUAUGCAUUAGAUAAACAGUUACAAUAAUAAAACAAUAAUUAGUGCCC